AUGUCCACCGCAAAGGCCAAGGCCCAGAACCUAAUCAACGACAACGCAGUCGUCGUCUUCUCCAAGUCCUGGUGCCCCUACUGCAAGGCCAGCAAGCAGACGCUCAACGAGCUCGGCGCCAAGUUCUAUGCCCUCGAGCUGGAUCAGAUUGACGACGGAACCGAGAUCCAGAACGCGCUGUACGAAAUCACCCAGCAGCGCAGCGUGCCGAAUAUCUUCAUCGGCCAGAAGCAUAUCGGGGGUAACUCGGAUCUGCAGGCCAAGAAGGCGGAGUUGCCGCAGUUGUUGAAGGCGGCGGGUGCGCUGUGA